UUGGGAUUAUUCAGGAAGUUGAGGCGAAAUGCUUUUGGGUAGUAUGACUAGUUAACGUCAGAUAGCUUGCUAUCCACUUCUUGUUAUGGAGUAAUUCCAAUAUUUAUUUUGUGGGUAAUGCAUGACCAUUCCCACAGCUUACUGUAUUGCUGAUAUGGCAAGGAACGGAGAUAUUAUCCAUUUAAAUGUUGGAGGAAAAAGGUUCAGCACCUCCAGACAGACACUGACAUGGGUACCAGAUUCAUUUUUCUCAAGCCUUUUAAGUGGAAGGAUCUCAACCCUGAAGGAUGAAACUGGAGCGAUCUUCAUAGAUCGCGACCCAUCUCUCUUUACUCCCAUACUGAACUUCCUUCGCACUAAAGAGUUAUUUCCCAGGUCCAUAAAUGUGCAUCUGCUGAUGCAUGAGGCUGAGUUCUAUGGAAUCACACCACUGGUGCGUAAGCUGCAGCUUUGUGACGAACUGGACCGGUCCUCCUGUGGAAGUGUGCUGUUCAAUGGCUACCUUCCCCCUCCAGUGUACCCGGCGAAGCGGAGGAACAGGCACAGUGUGGCCGGGCCUCAGUACAUGGGGGGCCGGGCGAUGUCCAUGGAGAGGGUCCCGGUGAGACGCAGUAACACCAUGCCUCCCAACCUCGGCAACGCCGGCAUACUGGGCAAAGCCAUAGUGGAGGAGAGGAUCGGUGGUGCUCAGGUUGCCGACCCGGGCAUGGUCCGCAUCGUCUGUGGCCACCACAACUGGAUCGCCGUGGCCUACGCCCAGUUUGUUGUUUGCUACAGGGUGAAGGAGUCCACAGGCUGGCAGCAGGUGUUCACCAGUCCUCGUCUGGACUGGGUGAUUGACAGGGUGGCCCUGAAUGCCAAGGUGAUGGGCGGUUCCCUGGGGGACAACGAUAAGAUGGUGGCGGUGGCCUCGGGCACGGAGAUCAUCCUCUGGACUAUCUGUCCUGACGGGAAUGGCAAUGAGAUAGGUGUCUUCAGUCUGAAUGUUCCUGUGGAGGCCCUCUUCUUUGUCGGGAACCAGCUGAUUGCCACCAGCCACACAGGCAAAGUGGGCGUGUGGAAUGCAGUGACUAAACACUGGCAGAAUCAAGAUGUUGUUCCCAUUAACAGCUACGAUACGGCCGGCUCCUUCCUCAUUCUGGGCUGUAACAAUGGCUCCAUUUAUUAUAUAGAUGUCCAGAAGUUUCCAUUAAGAAUGAAGGACAAUGACCUCCUGGUGACUGAGUUGUACCGUGACCCUACAGAAGACGCCAUCACCGCCCUCAGUGUCUACCUCACUCCCAAAACAAUCCCCAAUGUGUCAUCAGGUGACAGCGGCAACUGGAUCGAGAUCGCCUACGGCACCAGCUCCGGGACGGUGCGUGUGAUAGUACAGCACCCGGAGACGGUGGGCUCUGGACCCCAGCUCUUCCAGACCUUCUCUGUCCACCGCAGCCCUGUUACCAAGAUCAUGCUGUCUGAGAAACACCUCAUAUCAGUGUGCGCUGACAACAACCACGUCCGGACCUGGACGGUGACCCGCUUCCGAGGCAUGAUCUCCACCCAGCCGGGCUCCACUCCCCUCACCUCCUUCAAGAUCCUCUCCCUGGAAGACACCGACGGGCACGGGGGCUGCGCCGCUGGCACUGAGAUAGGGCCGUACGGAGAGAGGGAUGACCAGCAGGUGUUCAUCCAGAGGGUCGUCCCGGACACCGACAAGCUCUACGUGCGCCUCUCGUCCAACGGGAAGCGGGUGUGUGAGGUGCGCUCCGUGGACGGCACCUCCAUCACCUCCUUCAUGGUGCACGAGUGUGAGGGCUCCAGCCGCAUCGGCUCACGCCCGCGCCGCUACCUCUUCAGCGGCCAUGCCAACGGCAGCAUCCAGAUGUGGGACCUGACCACGGCCAUGGAGAUCGCCGGCAAAGUGGACAUCCGGGCCCUCGGCGGCCCCACAGAAGAAGAGCUCCUGGAGCUGUUGGACCAGUGCGACCUCGCUCUGACCCGUACCCCUGACAUGAGCCCUGCUGCCUCCUUCACCCACUCCUCCACCCCCCGCGCCUCCACCUGCAGUUUGCAGUCCCAGCUGAGUGAGAGCUCCAGGGAGCGUGUUUGCAGAGGAGGUCUGAGCAGCUCGGGGCCCUUCUCUUUUAGCAUGCCUCGCCAGGCUCCUCCAGUCACUCUCGCCAAGCCCCGGGAUGUGGCAGGGUUGGCCCUGCCGACCCACCACCUGGGCCUCAGCCAGGCCUCCCUCAGCAGUAGCGGAAGUCCCCGGCCUGGCUGUCCCACCCCUCAGGACAGGGUUAGCGGCUCCGGGAGCCCCCGAACCCGCAACGCUUCUCCCCAGGACCGGGACAGUGGCGUGGGGGGCGUGCGCAGGGGCAGCUUUGUGGAGCGCUGUCAGGAGCUGGCCAAGGUCUCGGACUCUGGCGUGGGGGCGGACGGGGGCGGACGGCGCAGCCUGGCUGUGUGCAACGAGCUGGAGGCCAGACUGGGCCUGCGAACCCUGGCUUCCUUGUCGGUUCCCCCGGCGGAUUCCUCUGUGCCACUCCCCUCUACGACCUCACUGUCGUCCCCACGCCGGCCCCCGCCCAACUCUCCAAGCCCCGCCCCCGGUGCCGCGGUCAGUCCGACCCGCUCCCUGACCCCUGUGUCCCCUCGCUGCGCGGGGACCUCUCCUGCUGCCGACGUCCCGGCCUCUGACGCCACAGCAGCUAAUCCAGAGAGCCCCUCCUCUGCGUCCCCCAUCAGUCCUAAACCCCCCAUGAAUGAGACCAGCUUCUGACUAUCUGAGUAAUGUGCCUGUAAGUAGAUUUCAUGCCAGGACAGGUUGAAAAUAUUCUAAAUUAUCUGAUCUUUCUGUCAGUAUUCGCCUAGAGACCUCAUUGGGAUGAAGGACGUUUGACUGGCGUCUGAAGUAUAAAGGUUGAAUUUGGGUAAAGCAAUGUGACUGUGUCACCUUAUAACAUUCAGGCAGAAACUUUGCGUAGUUUGUGUCGAUUUGUGUUCGAGAGAAAUGUAAGGAUGUGAGAGUGCGACUACUGUUGACGUUCUACACCUAAAAGUGAAUCGACAGGCGUGUUGUUACACACUGUCAAUGGAGCGGUUGUUGUACAGGACACCGCUGAUGACUAUUAAAAUAUUGUGCUCUGAUGUUUUAUCAUUGAGCUCAUACAGUAGAUUACAUACCUCUUUACUCCGUUUGUACUUUUUCAUCUAAUAUUAUUUGCCAUUUUUUUGUGUUAAAGAGAAAGAAGACAUACCAAAAAAACAACUGAGGAACACCUUUGGCGGUGAUUUGCAUCUGAAAGUCUUAAUGAGUUAGCCUCUAAACGCUUUGCACAUCUGCAUCGUGCAAAAUGAGUUCUAUUAUUCCCUCCCAAAACAUAUUUUGGCCCAUGUCGAUGUUGGGGGUCAUGCCUAAUUUUCAAAUGUUUACCUUUUUAAGAAAGAUUUUAAACUUUAACUUGUUGCCACUCCGCAACAUUCACAGAUUUUUUUUGGUAAGCAACUCAGGUAUAGAUUUGGUCUUGUGUUGUUGGUCAUCCUGCUUAAAGGGGAAUUCCUCCCCCAGUUUCUGGUGUGAAGAAGACGUAACCUUCCUCCAGGAUUCUGCGUCCUAUUCCUCUUUAUCUGAAAUACUCCCCAGUUUUUGCUCUUGUCAAGCAGACCCAUGCUAUGAUGCAGCCACCACCUUGAUUGACAAUAAGGUGGCAUUUACCAGUGAUGCAGUGUUUUAGAUUUACCCCAAAUUGAACACGAAAACUAAACCACCAUACGCUGUUGCGUGUAAAUACAAUUGUUAAAUCCCCACCAGAUUAUGCAAUGCUGGCCAACUAGAAGGCUAUAAUGUUAAUCAACUAAAUGCAUUUAGGGUCAUAACAUAAACAAAACCUUUGCUGAUAUUGAGAUCUUACUUUUGUUGGGACAUUUGGACAUUUUCUUUAUCGUUGAAUCUGUGAUUCAAAGUAAAUACUUGACUGAGGGACCUUACAUAGUAUUGUAUGUAUUCGAAUACAGUGGAAGGAUUUAUUAAAAAAAAUAAAUGUAGAUCUCCAUUUCAAAGAUUGAGUCUGUCACAUGUGAUUUGUUCAGCCAAAUGCAACUGCUGAACUAUUUUCUUUUUUUUAAUUUGUAAACAUUCUGAAUUUUAUUUCCAACGGUUUAUAAGAUCUUUUGGUAAAUCAGUAACACAAAAAGCACAAUUGACUUCAAUUCAGUUUUUUCAAUGUUAUAUACAUAGAAAGUAGAAGGUGUCAGCAUUUAUGCAAGUCACUGCAUCUCCCUAGCAUAUUGCCAUUUAGUAUCAUUAACUAUUUCCCAAGAUGUGGAUCCAGUGCCUUAGGCACAAGUGUUUUAUAUCUUCCAUUAUGAUUUAAAACCCAUUUACUUGCGUGUAUUUUGGGAGGAAUAGCAACUUGUGGAGGCAUCGGUAAAGAUUUGUAAUUGGCUUAAGACACAGUGUAUGUUCUAGUUUAGCUCUACGAGUGCCUUAACUUGACAAUAGCCAUGCUGCCAUACUCAGGUAGAGGUUAAUCCCUUUGUGCUUUUUCUGAACCACUAUAAUUUUUUUUUUUUUUUACUAUUAUGGUAUAUUAGCUUGUUUUCCUUGUAUUGAAUGUUCUAUGUUGCAAUGUAAAAAUAACCAGUCAGUGAAUAUGGCAACCUGUUUGCCAGGACUUUGAACACCAGUAGGUCAGGAAAAGAAGGCUGUUCAAAUGUCUUCCUCUGUUUUCUGUCAUGUCCAACUCUUCUGUUUUUGUUUUUCUCACUUUGGUAGCAUUUGUUUUUUUUUAUUAUUACAGCAUUAUUACACACUUUGUCACAAGCUAAAUAAAGCAUUAUCUCAAUACUA